UUCACUGUAGUUUUGGACGUGCUGCUAAAAGUCUCUUUGGGAGCCGCGCUUUUUUUUCAAGGGACUGGUAUAGUGCUCCAUGCCACCAUGGUGAAGUAUGUACUUCACUACUUCAAGGCGCACUAUGGCCGGGCUGAAAGUAUUCGUCUAGCUUUCAAGCUAGCUGGGGUCGACUAUGAAGAAAAGAACUUCGAGUUGGCGGAUUGGCCAAAACUAAAGCAGAACUAUGCUACCCAGCAAACGCCGUCGCUUGAGGUCGACGGGCAGAUGAUAUGUCAGAGUAAGGCUGUCCUGAGAUAUCUGGCCAGGGAGUUCGGAUUUUACGGCAAGACAUCCCUUGAUGCGGCAUUUAUAGACCAAGCAAUUGACACUGUCGAGGACCUCUGGUCGGAAGUCAAUCAUGCCUUCGAUGGGCCUAAAGAAAGCAGGCCACAAAGAAUUGAGAAGUUCUUGACGGAUGUGGUCCCGCCGAUCUACGCGACUCUGGAGCGGUUAAUCGGCCUGAAGCAAGCCGGGGACUUCUUCGUCGGAAACUCGAUCACCGCCGCCGAUCUCUUUUUCUUCACCGCUGUUGACAUGGUGAAUUUCUUUUUGCCAAAUGGCGCCAACUCCCUAGAGAAGUACCCGAAGCUGGGCGCCCUCAAGAGCCACAUCGCUGCCAACCCCAAGAUCGCAGCCUGGUUGGCUGUGCGACCACCUGAAGUGACGUUUUAAGUGGAAAAGAAAAUCAAUAUGUCACCUUUUGGCUGGAGAUGGGAUCAUUUUCUAACUUUUAUGUCGUCGCAAACGGUGAAAAUGGGUACGAAAUCAUGCAAUUUAUGACAAAUGAUACCGAAAAC